ACUGUCAUGGCUGUGGUACAGCUUGUAACUCCCUUCUGGAAACCGUUUUGUCGAACUGUGUAAGGGCUUUAGAUGUGAUGUAAUGUCAGAUAAACGUCAGCGUGCUAGAGUCCAGGGCUCCUGGGCCAAACAACUGCCAAAACACACAAGGCCAACAGGUACAGUCCCAAACAACCAUCAACCCCAAAGUACCCACUCAGCCCCUGGUUCUUGGGGAUCUGGGCCACAGAAGACAUGUGAGACAUUUGAGUAUCAUCAGCCUACUAAGGCCGUUAGAGAUGUUCCAGCUGAGAAGGUGAUUGAGAAGGCAGGUGAUCAUGUCCUCAGCAAUGGACCAUCUGGGGUGUCCAGACUCCGGCUGCUGCCUGGGUUUCUUCCCCCAGAGGAGGCUGACUGUGUGUUCAGUAAGCUGUUAGCAGAGCUUCCCUGGUCCCAGAAGACCAACUACAGACAGGGUGAGGCAUACGAGGAGCCCAGGCUGACCUGCUGGUAUGGGGAGUUGCCCUACACAUACGCUCACUCCACAAUGGCUGCCAACACACAGUGGCAUCCACUGCUGUUACCUCUCCGCGAUGCAGUGGAACAGGCGAGCAGGUGCACGUUCAACUCCCUACUGUGCAACUUGUAUCGGGACGGCCAUGACAGCAUUGGCUGGCACAGUGACGACGAGGCCUCUUUAGGUGUCAAACCCACCAUUGCUUCCCUCAGUCUGGGCGACACCCGUAUGUUCAGUCUUCGCAAGCAGCCACCACCAGAGGAGAACGGCGACUACACUUACGUGGAGAGGAUUCGGGUUCCCCUGAGUCACGGGACACUGCUGCUGAUGGGAGGAGCUACACAGGAUGAUUGGCAGCAUCAAGUGGCUAAAGAGUACCAUGACAGAGGCCCGCGUAUCAACUUGACCUUCAGAACUACCUAUCCAGAGCCGGAGGGCCACAAGCCAGGGACUAAGCUUCGCUUCACUGCCAAAUAAUAGUGAAGUGCCCUCAGAGUCAGGUAUUUAAGGCUUAGGAACGUUCAGAUUUUAGCUGUUUCAGGAAAGUUCUGCAAAGACAUCACUGAAUUGCACACUACAGUCUGAAUAACAGUUUCUUCCUAACUUUAACAUGGAGAUUUACGUCUCUGCCUUUAUUCACCUGUUGCGUAAGUGAACCGCAGUGAUACCUCAGACGUGACCAGUGGUGAUUAGCAGAUGUCUGUGUUUUCAGAGAAGCUUUGCAGGAGAGUGGGUGUUAAUGAGGGCUUAAAGAUUUGGUAAAAUCUCACUUUUGAGUGUCAUUUUGACUUCAUUCAGCACAGACAGUAUAAUUUCAGACAGUUAUUAUAUUUUGGUUAGUAUGUUGGAGGUUGGAACAUUGCAACUGGCACUGAGCAUAAGUUAAGACAUUAAGCCAACUUUAUUUCUUCUUCUUCUUUUUUGAUAGAAAAUAUGAUUUACAUUGUUUAGCCUUUAUUUUACUAGGAAGUCACCUGGACAUUGGAAUCUCUUUUCUGAGACGUGGACACACGUCAGUCAGCACAUCAUACAUGCAAAAGUUGAUGUGAAGUUUAUGUGACUUCAAUGUAAAGUUGUGAAAUGUACCCAACCCCCCCUCUGUGUUUAUCUUGUCAAGCCUUAAGGAGGGAGCAUGGUUGCUAUGAAAAGUAAAAAGUAAACUGGCAACUAGGGCCAGUUCAUACAAACAAGGCAGUAGUAGGACAUGAUAUUGCGAAGUAUAUCAGGAGAAUACAGUAUAUUCUGGAAUUGUAUGACUGGGAAAAAGUACAUGUUUCAAGGGGAACGCAGAUAACUUCAGCAACUCUGGCAUGGUGUUCUAUUUAUUUCAUUAAAAAAGAAGUGUUCUUGA